UCAAUUUGGGACGGAGGGAAUAGUAUAUAAGCAAAUAUACUUGAUUAAUUUUAGACUUUGGUUCUGAAUUUUUUCAUAAUUUCCUCAGUAAAAAUAAAAAUAAAAAUAAAUUCCUAUGCCUGUGAUAUCUUCUUCCUUCCAUAAAUUUGUGCGGCUCCUGCCUUACUCUCACUACCCCUCUCAACUUAUCUUCACCAUCUCCGCCGCCACUACCGCUCAUCUCCGCCGUACAAUGACAACCUCCGCCGCCGCCGCUAACCCAUCAAACACCCGUCUAGGAUGGAUCGGUACCGGAGUGAUGGGCCGUUCUAUGUGCGCCCACUUAAUCAACGCUGGGUACACUCUCACUAUCUUCACCCGUACACCAUCCAAAGCCCAAGAACUCAUCUCCAUGGGAGCUCAAUGGGUCGACACUCCAAACGCCGUCGGUGCUCAAUCCGACGUCGUUUUUACCAUCGUUGGCUACCCUUCUGAUGUUCGCCAGGUUAUUCUUGAUUCGAAUUCCGGUGCUCUUUCUGGUCUUCGUAGAGGAGGAGUGAUUGUCGAUAUGACUACUUCUGAACCUUCGCUCGCGGUUGAAAUUCACUCCGCUGCCUCUGCUGUUGGGUGUUCUGCCAUUGAUGCACCCGUUUCUGGAGGCGAUCGCGGAGCGAGGAAUGCUGCUUUAUCGAUAUUCGCUGGUGGGGAAGAAGCGGUUGUUGAAAGGGUGAAACCAUUGUUUAGCCUUCUUGGUAAAGUUUAUUACAUGGGUGGUCCUGGAAAAGGGCAGUUUACGAAACUGGGGAAUCAAGUUGUGAUUGCUUCCUCUAUGGUGGGACUAUGUGAGGGGUUAAUUUUCGCGCAUAAAGCUGGUUUGGAUUUGAAUCACUUCUUGAAUGCGAUUUCAACAGGUGCUGCUGGCUCGAAAUCUUUAGACUUGUAUGGUAACAGGAUACUUAAUAGGGAUUUGGAACCUGGAUUUUAUGUGAAUCAUUUUGUUAAGGAUUUGGGAAUAUGUUUGAGGGAAUGUCAGAACAUGGGUCUCGCUUUGCCUGGGUUGGCGUUGGCUCAGCAGCUAUAUCUCUCGCUUAAAGCUCAUGGUGAGGGUGAUUUGGGAACCCAAGCUCUCGUUCUUGCGCUUGAGAGGAUUAACAAUGUGUCCCUUCAAUCUGUUGGCAAAGCUUCUCUUUGAUCCUUGACUACUUUGCAUCCGUUUUAUGAAUGUUAAUGUUCUUACAUUUGUAUUAUGUAUCCAUUUGUGAAUGUUAAUGUUGAAGGUGGUGAGAGUUUGAAUAA